GAUUGAGAAUCGUAAACCUAAUAUCAAAAAUUGUGAUCUGUCGCUCACUCCGUCCUUCCGUUCUCAGCACGAUCUUCAGCUGCAAAAUUGAACCUUCGGGUAUUGCCUUCUGCUUCACGCCUCUGAUAUUCGUCACAGGUAACAGUUUGAAAAGAGAAAAUGGGGAUUGAGGAGAGGAGUAGUGGUUCCUCCAUCUCACCAGAUGUGGAGAAGGAUAAGCUGUUGUUGCAGGUAGCAAGACGUGUUGAAGGAGGGUUCGAGUUUGGUGAAUUUUUCUUCCUCGAUUUCCGUACAGGUGAGGUGUCAGAUUGCCCUUAUGUUUUAUUUGCCGAUAAGGGCUGGAAUUCAAUGGUGGCUCUGGGUUCAGUCAUCUAUGUUGUUGGCAUCUGGGAACGUGAUAAGACCAGGUGGUGCAACAUUGAGCCACCGAAUUCUGUAACUAACAACAAAAAGGGCAUCUAUCACAAGGGCAUGUCUUUUCUAGAUUUGAGCCAAGGUGAUGGUGGUGAAAGGGGUUGGAAGGAAGCCCCUUACGUGAGCUAUCGUCUUCCCUAUAUACCUGCUGUGGUCGCAUUUGGUGGUAAGAUAUAUCUAUUUCAAUGCGGUGGCAAGUCUGAGGCAGCCGAGGUUUUUGAUCCCAACUCAAACAAGUGGGAGAAAUUGCUUCCACCACCUCAGGUGGGUUUUUUCGACAUCUACAAAGAUCGGUGUGGGGUUGUUGACGAUGAGAAUAAACGGAUCCUCAUCCCCUUCCAUAGCAUCAAAUCCGUGUUUGCCUACUACCCGUCGAACAAUCGAUGGGAACUUGUUCUCGAAUCUUUCUCAUGGCCUUCCAUACUCGUCUUUGCUCAAGGGGUGAUUCUUUUCUAUCUGCCCCAAAUUCCGAAGAUGUUCGGCGCAUACCAUGUUGCCACCAAACAGUGGCUUAACGUCGUGCUUACUUCGGAGGUCCCGGACCAUGUUUGGAGAUGUGAGUUUGAUGCUAUGCUUUAUUUAGGGAAUGGGAUCUUGUGCUUAGCUACUUACUCCAUCGAUUUUGAUAAAGUCCGCACCACCUAUGUCUAUAUCGCCAAGUUUAAGUUCGAGCGUGCCGCUGACAGUCCUGGUGAUCUACUCGUCACGCCACUUCCUCCAGAGACCCAUACCCUUCCCACCCGUUGCUUUGGUGUCAAGUACUUCCCUGUCUAGGAACUGCCAAGGUUUAGAGUGUUCUUGGGAGUCAUUUAUCAGAAUAUUAAUUUCUGCUUGCAACUGACAGCAGCAUCGGACGAUCUGAAUUUAGAGUGUUCUUUUCAGAGAUGGACAUGCAGAAGUGGAGUAUUUCGCAACUUAUUUGCAUCGUUAUAUAUGUGUACUUGUAAGGAUUCUGAUACUGUAAUCCUGUAAAACUUAAUAUUUUUUUCUGUUAAAAUUUGCUCUGAAUUAUCUAAAGUGUCAUUUAUCCGCCCCCAUGUUUGGAUUAUUCCAUAAUAACCGCAAAUUUGAGUCACUUGUUUUGAACUUGUAAUUGUAGGGGU